UCGCGGAAGUGCCGCCGUGACGUCACACUCUCGGCGUGCAAAGUCACACUGAACUGAGAGCAGCAGGAGUUAAGCUGCUGUUCUUGAUUUAUAUUUGAUACUAUAAUUAAGCAAUCAUAAAUACAGACAAAUCAUGGCGUUCGCGCUAAAAGAACGUUUCGACAAGUUCCUUAACGAGAAGAAUGUCAUGACGGACGUGUUGGCGAAGAUAGAGGCGAAGACUGGAGUGAACAGGUCCUACAUCGCAUAUGCUGUCAUCGCGUUCAUUGCAGUUUAUCUGGUGAUCGGAUACGGCGCUUCUCUUCUUUGUAAUCUCAUUGGAUUCGUCUAUCCUGCGUACAUAUCAAUCAAAGCCAUUGAGAGUGCAACCAAAGACGACGACACCAAAUGGCUGACCUACUGGGUGGUUUAUGGUGUGUUCAGCGUCGCCGAGUUCUUCGCUGACAUCUUCCUCUCCUGGUUCCCUUUCUACUUUUUGGGAAAGUGUGCCUUCUUGGUUUGGUGCAUGGCUCCCACUGCAUCAAAUGGUUCUGUUCUGCUCUACACAAGAAUCAUUCGCCCCUUCUUCUUAAAGAAUGAAGCCAACAUUGACAACGUGAUGAAAGACAUCCAGGAUAAAGCAACAGAGGCUGCAGAUAAGUUUAAAGAUGAAGCCAAGAAAGCCACUGCCAACCUUAUAUUUGAGGAGAAGAAGAACUACUAAAAACCACAGCCAUUUCACCUGCUUCUUAUCCUACAGGAUGACACUUGCCUGAAUAAAUGUUGCCUUUAUAUGCUCUUAUUUUUGAAAACUGGAAGUGGGCUGAUUAUUGUUACUGUCUUUAUACUGUGGCAGCCAUAUUAGAUGGCAUCAGACAGCUCCAGAGCUGACAAUCCCAAGUUGUUUAUGCAGGUAAGACAUAUAUCAUGUUAGAGAAAUCGAGUGACGCUCACCCUGCAAUGCUUCAGUCUCAGUAAACAUCCUUAUCUUUCCUGUAGAUGUCCUUGGCUUCUAUUAAUAGGUCAUCCAAUAGUUUCUUGCAUCUUAUGGUCAUUUAAUAUAUUCAUUCUAAGAUGUAUUUAUGUGAUAAGAUUUGUUGAAAAUGCCUAUUUUGAGAAUAUCAGUGGAACUGUAAGCAUAUGAAUUAUGCAUUUGACAUCAAAUAAACCAUUGAAAUCUA